CAGUGUCACAGUGUUACUGUCAAUUACUCACCGACCUAUCGAACAAAAUCAACACAAGUUGCAGAAAAUAAUACGUAACAAGACGAGACUAAAUUUCGAUGUAUUAAAACAUAUUGAAUUUUGUGUACAAAUUUGUUCGUUUGUAUAUUGCUCGUACGAAAAAUGGUGUGUUAAUUGAAUCUUUGAUCUUUUUGUGGUUAUGGCGUAGUUAGUGGCCGUUCGUAAUUCCAAUUGUGUUGAAGACUGGUGAUACGGGUUAACAACUACAAAAUAUUGUGAAACUCUACUAGAAUACAAUACAAAUACGCCGAAAAUGUUUUUAAAACCUAGACAAAUAAUUAAAUUAGGAUAUCAAAAUUACCGUAUCGUAAGUAGUAGACUAUACGGAGCUCGAAAGGCAGUUGCAUCUGUUUCUACAGAAGGAAUAAAUAUAAGCGACAGUUGUGUACAGAGGCUAAAACAAUUAUGUACUAACGAAGACAAUUUCCUGAGAGUGUGUGUGGAGAGUGGUGGCUGCUCGGGAUUUCAAUACAAAUUCGAUUUAGAUACAAAAAUAGCUGAUGAUGACAAAAUAUUUGAAAAAGAUGGAGUCAAAGUAGUAAUAGACGAGACGUCCUUGGAUUUCAUUAAAGGUUCAACUGUGGAUUAUCAUACUGAGCUCAUCAGAGCAGCUUUUAGAAUUACACAAAAUCCAAAUGCCGAGUUAGGUUGCUCGUGUGGUGCAAGUUUUUCUGUAAAACUUGAUUAGUUAGUGAAUUUUACUUAGGCCAUUGAAUAAAACCUAGGAAUGUAUUUCCUAAAAAUAAUAUGCUCACAUUAUGGGACACUAAAACCCAUGCUAUUUUGUAAUACCAAACCUUUCAAGAAGCUAUGUAAAUACCAAAAUUGUAGAUUUUGUAUGUAACUCUUAAAAUCAAAUGACAUGGAUGGAAUUGUUUGAAGCACAUUCAAAAAAUGUGUUAUUAUUUAAUUUUGUUCUACACAAUUAUAGUCUUCUCUAUAAUACCAUUUUUACAUUUUAGUUACAUAUUUACAGUAACUAUGAAUUGACUUCCAACCCAAGGACCAGCCUUUUCCUUUGACUAGUUAAAUUUAUCCCAAAGCAAAGAAAGAUGUGUACUAACAAACUUAAAAUGAUUGUGCAACUAUUAGUAAUGUUUGUGUUGUUUUAAUAAAAUCGUAGGUCAUAAUACAAUUAGUGGGUUUAGUUUGUCUGUGAUAUAAAAAAAUAUUUAAUUAAAAAUAAUGCUGUAGAAUUAGUAGAGCACUAGUAAUAGCUUAUGUAAAUGUGAGAAUAUUACUAAUAAACAUUCAAAUGAAAUAACAUUUUGUAAUUUUUUUAUGAU